GCAAAAGAAACCUUGGGUCUGGAUCUCAACAGAGAUGAUCCUCACUGCCACCACUGCUGCCCCAAACACCUUGGGAAACAAGAAUCCUUGCUCAGAAGAUGGGAGGUCAGAGGAGGCUCACAGAGAAUCUAAGAGGAUGGAGCCGAGUACCUGUAAAACCAGUGAAUCGGAGGAAGACUAUGUUGAGGAAGAGGAAUCUGAGGAGGAAUGUGUUAAAGGGGGAGAAACUAUCCCUUCUAACCCUUCUAAUGAGGCACUCUCAAAGGCUGACUAUAAUGCAUUUGGGAAUGGGGCUCCCUUAUCCAUUAUAGCUAAGAAAAUUCCAAAGAAAACUAUAGCCCCAACUGACCCAGAGGACUUAGAAGUUGGGAGAAGAAAGAGAAAGAGGAAACACAGACCCCUAGCCAUCAACCUGACCAACUGCAAGUAUGAGAGUGCUAGAUCAGCCAUCUCCUUCGUCCCCUCCUAUUCCAUUGGCAUUUCAGAGCCUGAGGUGCCAGUGCGAACCCUCCCAGAGACAGCUCUGCAGGCCAGAACAAUCUUGAUUGAGAGAUAGGGAGAAAACCAGAGCUGACAGGAGCAGAGAGCCAGGCUCUAGUUUUCUCUGCCACAGAUUUUGGAAGGGCCCUGACAGCCUCAUGAACUUGGAAUUGUC